AUGAAGAGCCAACUGAUUUUGAUAAUACUUGUAAGAGUUGGUCGUGCUGCUCUGGAUACCAUCCACUCAAAUAGAGAAGAUCUCCUCGAUGCCGUGGAGUCUAUAGCAGAAAGAAAUUUCCACGGGAGCUGUCUGUCCUUCAGAUAUCCUGAGAGACACCCUCCUGACCUUGUCUUCUCGCAUCUACUGCUCAGGAUGCACAAAAAUUGGACACCGAUUUUACCAAUAUUCGUCGCCACUAGAGCAUUUAUUAACAAUGAAGGCUAUGUAAUAAACUUUAUUAAAUGUUCUUAUGUUAUUACGAUUCGCAAUGCUAACUAUACAUCGCAACUAGCGGAAAUAUUAUACCGUCCUUGGAACAACCUCUACCGUGUGGGUGACAGCCCUUAUACUAGAUUCAUAAUUAUUGUAGAUGGAGAAAUCUCAAAGGAAGAGACAUACGAAGCUCUUAAAAUGAUGUACCGAUUUGGUGAUGUCGAUGUUGUACUUGUAGGUCGUGAGAAUAAUGUUACAAGUAUUUUCACGUUAUUUCCUUUUGGAAAAGAUGGAAAAAGCUGUCCGGAAGAUAACAUGGAAUUAUCACGAAUAGCUCAGUGGGAAGGGAAAUUCACAGAAGUCGACUUCUUUCCUGAUAAAGUUCCACAUUUAUUUCAAGGUUGUGAUUUUCCUGUUUCAACGGUCCACUACCCACCAGCAAUAUUUUCUCUAAGUGACGAUAACUAUGAUGGCUUCGACUACAGAUUGCUUGGAAUUAUAACAGAGAAGAUCAACGCUAGCCUCAGAAUUACAUUUUACAACAGAAUUGACGGAUGGCUUUGGGUGGACAAAAAAUACAACAUUCGAGGAUCUUUAAACGACCUGAGAGAGGGGUUUUCUUGGGCGAUAGUUGCCAGUCUGUCAAAUAAUCAAUUGCACUACACUGCUUGUAACAUAGAAACUCCAUAUGUGUAUGCUAAGCUUAUGUGGUAUUUUCCGAAUCCUUUGCCUAUUGAAAAAUGGAAAUUUAUUUAUUUAGCUUUUUCUAGGGAACUAUGGAUCUCGGGAGUUAUUACUGCUGUGUUGACACCAUUUUUCUUUUUCUUAUUCGCUAAAGUGACAAGGAAAGAGUAUUAUUUCAUGGAAUUUGAAAAAUCUUGCUUUACUCUUUGGAGCAUUAUUUUUGGAAAUUCGACGGGUUUUUUGCCUAAAACAGUCCACUUUCGGUUUAUUUUUUCGUUGUGGUUAUUCUUUACAAUACACCUCAACCUCGCUUAUACAGCUUCUUUAACUGGUCUGAUAACAGGAGGGAAACUGGAGUCAAAAGUAAGUACUUUAGAUGACAUUGCUGAGAGAAACUUAACUACGGCAACUUUCAUGUACUUGGUCGGAGUAUUAGCCUCAAUAGACGAACCUGAAGUAAGAAAAGCAGUUUCUAGAUACAUUAUAGUAAAUGACUACGACAAAAUAUUUGCGACGAUGGUAACACAUAGGAACUUAUCUAUUGUAGAUAAUAAUGUUUACAUUGAUCAUCUCAUUGUCCGGAAAAAGCUGCAAAUAUAUCAAACACCGGUGACUUUGCUUCAUGUUCCGACUGGUAUAAUGAUGAGGAGAAAUCAUUUCAUGUUUGAGAGGAUAGAUAAAAUCGUUCAACGCCUGAUCUCUGCAGGGAUUAGCUAUAAGCUUGUGGAAGAUUUUACAAUACCUCUUUGGAAAAAACGUGAAAAAAAAAAUUGGAAAGCCGUAGACAUCAACGGUUUAGCUGGACCUUUCAUUCUCUAUGCAUGCGGAGUUUUGCUUUCAUUCAUAGCAUUUAUUUUUGAAAUUAUUUACUUCUAUAGAAACAAAUUUGUUAAUAUCGUAAAAUGA